AUGGCUAGCAAAUAUUUCCGCGAUAUGAAUUCGGAGGAUUUUUUCCCCGGAUUCGUGAAUGAUUCAAACGAUGAACGAUUCAUCAGUGCACCCGUUUCAUCACGCGUUGUGGACGAAGUGAAUGUGCAGCCAAUCGAGGAGCCACCCAUCCCGAUCGAUUAUGAUCCAGUGGAAUUGAUGGAAGACAACGAGACGGUGUAUGCACCGGUGGAUGCAAAUGUACCUGAGGCUGAAGGUGAGGAACAGUUUGCCCCGAACCGAAUCAGCGAUGUCCUUUUCAGCACAGCAUUGGCAGACUGUGGAUCCGCGCUUUUGAAGAAGGCUGCUACACCGGCGAUGAAGAUUAAGAAGAAGAAGGCAAUGCAGGAAGUUAUUGACUACAUCCUUCUUCGGAAGGGUGUCAAAGCCACAGAGCAGCAGAUUCUGAAGAAAAUUAAUAACACGAAGAGCCGUAUCAAAUCCAAAACAGAUUUGAAGGCGACUGGAAACAAAAAGAUUGUACUCAACGAGGGAGAAAAGAUCUUUUUCAAGCUGAUGGGUGCAGAAGAAAACCCGACAGUUGUCAAAUUGUCAUAUGGUACUUCCGCCGGUGCAUCAGGUGGCGUGCACACUGGUUCAUCUACUUCAGCCGGCCCUCCAUCCGCGCCACAAGACCCAAAUGUGGAAGACACAGAAUAUGCUCCACCAGCUUCAUCGGAUCCGGAAGAUUUCGAAGGAGAGGUUGCUUCUCCCUCUUUAAAUGCAACUCCAGUACUACCAAAAAGACAUCAGAAGCGCUCUAAACAACAGCAUGAAACUCCAACAACAUCAACACUGACCCUAGUAGAGCUGCAACGCCACGUACUAUUGAAGCAGUUGGAAGUGUUUGAAGAACAACGGCUUGUAUACCAGCGAAUGGGAGAGACCUUAACUAAAGUAGACCAGUACAUUGAAAUGCGCAUGAAUACCACAGAUUAA